UAUAGAUGGCUUAUAUCAGUCUGGUUUGCCUCUGCACCGCAUUUUUGUGUAUACUAUCUGUAUGUGGUUGACAGUCACGUGAUCCAAAGCACCAUUCCGUCAGAGCGCGGGUUGCCUUCGAUUGCCAAAAAAUCCCCCAUUCUAGGUUUAUUUUGCGCCACAGCACAGCAUCCCUCUGCGUGACUUUAAUGUUCAGCGGGCGUAAAAACCACCGUGAGAAUCUGGCAACCAUUUAGACGCAUUGAGAGCGAGUUGGUAGAGAAAUGCUUGGACUACUGAAGGCUGGUUUUGUGUGGUGAGGGAAAACUGCAGCGGGCCUUGACAUUUGAUUAUUUUGUUGAAUAUAAAUAGGAUAGGCUGUAUUCCUCGUGCUGUGCUGUGGUCACAGACUAUAAUGGCCUGAUUUUAGACACACUCUUUCUUAAGACACAUCUGCAGUCAAGCAUUGCUCGGGUUUUACUGCACAUUUUUUGAAUAAGCAAGCAAAAUGGAGCACUCCUUCAAAGACGGGAUUCGGACUAAUAAUGUCCAGGGACUAUGAAGAGUCUGGUCAGUCUGUAGGGAUGUUGGCUGCGGUGGAGCAUGGUCCGGUCCUCUGCAGUGACUCCAACAUCCUCUGCCUCUCAUGGAAAGGACGGGUUCCUAAAAGUGAGAAGGAGAAGCCGGUGUGCAGGAGACGCUACUAUGAGGAAGGCUGGCUGGCCACCGGGAAUGCCAGAGGUGUUGUGGGAGUGACCUUCACGUCCAGUCACUGUAGGAGAGACAGAAACACCCCGCAGAGGAUCAACUUCAAUUUACGGGGUCACAACAGUGAGGUCGUCCUUGUUAGGUGGAAUGAACCGUUUCAGAAGCUGGCAACGUGUGAUAUGGAGGGAGGGAUUUUUGUGUGGAUCCAGUAUGAAGGAAGAUGGUCUGUAGAGCUGGUCAAUGACAGAGGUGCUCAGGUGAGUGACUUCACCUGGUCCCAUGAUGGCACACAGGCCUUAAUCGCCUACAGAGACGGUUUUGUCCUGGUGGGCUCAGUCAGCGGUCAGAGACACUGGUCAUCUGAGAUCAACCUGGAGAGUCAGAUCACCUGUGGAAUCUGGACCCCGGAUGACCAGCAGGUGCUUUUUGGAACGGCAGACGGGCAAGUGAUAGUGAUGGACUGCCACGGCCGUAUGCUUGCCCAUGUUCUGCUGCAUGAGUCAGAUGGCAUUGUCAGCAUGUCCUGGAACUGCCCGAACUUCCUGGUGGAGGACAGCACCGAGAGCGACACAGACUCUGAUGACCAGACGCCAGCUCACGUUCAAAAUCUGAAACCACUGCUCACCGUCAGCUUCAUAUCAGGAGAUAUCAGUUUGAUGAACAACUACGAUGACCUUUCACCUAACAUUAUUCGCUCAGGACUGAAAGAUGUGGAAGUGCAGUGGUGCUCUCAGGGAGAUCUGCUGGCAGUGGCCGGGAUGGAGAGACAUGGGCUGCCCACUGACUCUUUAAUGAGGAACGCCCUUGUCAAGUUUUACAAUGUCCAAGGAGAACAUAUAUACACUUUAGAAACUCCAGCCCAAAGGCCCAUCACCACUAUUUGCUGGGGUCACAGGGAUUCGCGGUUGUUUCUGGCAUGUGGACCAGCCCUGUAUGUGGUGCGUGUGGAGCACCGUGUGGCCAGCCUGCAGCUCCUGUGCCAGCAGGGCAUUGCCAGUGCUCUGAAAGAGGAGAGAGAUGUGGGAAAACUGAACAUGCCUUCUCUCCUCUGCUCCUACGUGACCACUGCAUUCAUUCCAACUAUCAAGCCCCCCAUUCCUGAUCCGAACAACAUUAGAGACUUUGUGAGCUAUCCCACAGCAGGGAAUGAACGAUUGCACUGCACUAUGAAGCGUUCAGAGGAAAACCCUGAGGCUGGAGGCCCCUGUUAUACCCUCUAUCUGGAACACCUCGGAGGUCUGGUGCCCAUUCUCAAGGGCCGUCGCAUCAGCAAACUGCGACCUGAGUUUGUCAUUAUGGACCCAAAAAUGGAUGGCAAAGCAGAUGAGGUCUGUGUAAAUGGCAUGAUCUCCUAUAUGACUGACAGCUGUAACUGCUCAGACUCAAGCGAUAUUGAGCUGAGUGAUGAGUGGGUUGGGCGGAAGUCGCCCAAACUUUCCAGAGGAAACAGGUCUCCUAAGCUUCCUAGGUACUCUAAACAUAUAAGAAUUAAUAUGGAAUCAAGGAAGUCUCCAAAACUUGCCCAAACAUCUCAAGAAAUGUCUAGGUCUCCUAGAUUACCAAAGAAGCCUCCACUUCGGUCUCCGAGUCUCACUCGAAGAGAGUUUCCGGUUGAUGGCUUUAGUGAGCAUAAUUACUUGGCCCAGGUCACCUCUAACAUCUGGGGAACAAAGUUUAAAAUAGUGGGUCUUGCCUCCUUUUUGCCAGCUAAUCUGGGAGCAGUUAUUUAUAAAACUAGUUUGCUGCACUUGCAACCUCGUCAGAUGACCAUCUAUUUACCUGAAGUACGUAAAAUUUCCCUGGACUUCAUGAGCCUGCCAGUUUUCAAUCCCAAUGUAUUCAGUGAGGAUGAAGAUGAUUUACCUGUUAUGGGACCUUCUGGAGUGUCAGCCGACAACCCUUCUUGCACAGUUAAUAUCCCCAUUGCCCCAAUUCACAGCCCUGCUCAAGCCAUGUCACCUACUCAGAGCAUAGGCCUUGUUCAGUCUCUACUAGCCAAUCAAAACAUACAGCUAGAUGUCCUUACUAAUCCCACUGCAACUGCAGCAGCGGCAACUGCAGCAGCGGCGGCAGCAGCAGCAGCAGCAACAGCAGCAGCAGCAACAGCAGCAGCGGCUAAUGCAACAGUAUCUGAGCACAGUCAGGACACUGUUACAGCACAGUACACUGUGCCAACCAGAUACUCAAACCCUGGACAGGUGAUAUUCAGUGGACUGGAAAUGAAUAACAUUUUGAGUGGAACUCUUCCUCCACCUCCACAUCAUCUGCCACAACCACCCCACCAACAACGUCAGCAACAACAAGACCAUCAACAGUCAAAACAUCAACAGCAAUUACAACCACAACAGCAUCAUCUGAAAUUGCAGCAUCAGUCACAGCAGCUGCAUCAACAGUCGCUGCAACAGCAACACAUGCAACAUCAGCAACAAUUGCAAACACCGCAACAUCAACAAAUGCAACAACAGCAUCAACAACAACUGCAACAGCAGCAUCAACAACAACUGCAACAGCAGCAUCAACAGCAACUGCAACAACAGCAUCAACAACAACUGCAACAACACCAUCAACAACAACAACUACAACAGCAGCAUCAACAACAACAACUACAACAGCAGCAUCAACAGCAACUGCAACUGCAACAACAGCAUCAACAAUUACAACAGCAACAUCAACAGCAUCAACAACUACAACAACAACAUCAACAACUGCAACAGCAGCAUCAACAGCAGUUGCAACAACACCAACAGCAGCUGCAUCAGCAGCAAAUGCAACAACAUCAACUGCAACACCAACAACAACAAAUUCAUCAACAACAGUUUCAACAGCAGCAGCAGCAACUGCAGAUUCAACAUGAGCAAAUGCAGCAGCAGCAACAACAGAUGCAACAGCAGCAGCAACAAAUUCGACAGCAAAUUCUGGAGAUGAGGCAGCAGCAGCAACAGCUUCAGCAGCAACAUCAACAAAUACAGAUGCAGCAUCAACAAAUGCAAAGACAACAUCAACAAAUGCAGCAGCAGCUUAAAAUGCAGAUGUCCCUCCAACCUUCACCUUCAGGCUAUGCUACUCUAUCCCUCCAUCAGUUACAGCUGAUGCCUCAAAUUCCUCAUCCGGACCAGCCACCAGAUAGAGGAGAACAAGUCCUCCCUCUAAAAGUUCCUUCACGACCACAGUCAUUCAUUGAAAUGGACACUCUUGAGAUCCAGUUGCGCAAGGUAAACCCUCCUCCACCUUAUCCCGGCACAGUGGUAUCCGCUGCAGCUGCUAUUCCCACUACAGCCCCUCCUGGUCUUCUUGUUAGCAAUGAGAAUGGCACUACAUUGUCAACAGAUACAUGUUUAACUAAGGACGAAUUCUCUCUUCACCCAAUUAGCCUACAAUACCCAACUCCAUUGGGUUAUGAAAGAAUCACCACAUUUGACAGCAGUGGAAAUGUCGAAGAGGUAUGUCGUCCAAGAAGACGCCUGUUAAGAAACCAAAAUGCUUAUGGGAUGCAGGGAAUGGGCAGCUCUGCUACACUGAAAGUAACUUCAUCUGAAAACAAGAAGGUCCAGUUGCCAUACAGCUCAGCAACUCUUAGUCGCCUCUCAGUGCCUAGAUAUUCCAUACCAAGUGGAGACCCACCACCAUAUCCAGACACAUCCAACCAGAUGAACACAAUUAGAAGUCCUACGCAAAGGAUUGACAGCAGUUUGAUUCAUGCCACUUUGCGUCGAGAUAGAAGGGAACCGUCUCUGAAGGUUUCUCAAAUGGUGGAUGCAGUGAGGACACUACCAACAAAAUCCAAAAUGAACGGUUCCCUCACGCUGUCUUAUCAGCCGAGAAUACCCUCCGCUUUGUACACAUGCACUCAGUGUAGUAGUAACAGCAGCAGCACUAGUGUAAGUGUCACUGGUGGUGGCACCAACAGCAGUGGAAUAGCUGGAGGAACAGUUGUGAGGCAAGACUUCCCACCGGGCAAAGGAGCCCAACACAGCACGAUAAUUGUGCACUCCAAAAGUGCCUCGCCAUUAGCAUCCCAGUCCUCCUAUAACCUCCUAAGUCCCACUGACAACAGUAGAGACAGAACUGUCUAUGUGAAUUCUGCCUUUACAGAAGAUGAGACAGUCAGUCAGCAGUGUCAUCUUGAAAAAUCAAUGCGCCAUUUAACCCUAGGGGAUGUCAACUUGACAGUCAAGCGACCUCCGCCUUAUCAAUGGGACUCCCCUGCAGCAGAACAACUCUGGAUACCUCAAGAGCAAAAUUUAUUGCCUGGACCUCCACCUCAUAAGCCACCGCCAUUUAUACUUAGCCAGCCACAGCACUUAGACAUGACCCGGCUACCUUUUGUUCUUUCAGCUAAGCAUACUCCCAGUCCCAAUUCUAUGACUCUUCCAUCACCCUAUCAGUUAUCUCUUUCACCCUACCCUUCGGUUGUGGGGCAUGGUGGACCUCCACUUCAGCCUUUGCAGAGUCCUGCACAAACUUGUGGCCCCAAUGACAUGGUGGCAUCAAGCCCUUUCAGCCAACAAGACUCAACUUUAGUCCUGCCCCCUGGUUAUCCCUCUAAUUUGACCAAUCUAGGUUGUUGUACUCUGCCACCAAUGUACCCAGGGACCAGUUCCUGCAACAACCUUCAGUUGCAUCCUAUGAGCUUGCACCCUUGGAGCACUUACAGCUCUUGUCCUCCCAUGCCAGACCAUUCUGCCACACUCCCCAGUAAGACUCAUCAGACCCUAGAGAAACCAGUUCUCUCUCCGCCUCCACCACCUCCACCUCCGCCACCACCACCUCCUCCACCUCCUCUCCCUCCUCCUCCUCCACCUGUUGAACACUUGAACCACCAGAGCACCUCAGAAGUGGUUGCUGAAUCUGGAGAAAGCUUUCAGGAUCAAUCCUCUCUCAAUGAGAGUCCACAGGGAGCAGAGAGGUUUAGCAAAAAGGGGCGUAAGAGGCUUGACAGUAGGGCAGAAGAGGCCAAUAUGUCUGGAGUCUCUGAAGGUAAAUCCAAAAAAGAGAGUCGCACACUCUCUGACUUCAAUUCCCUGAUCUCCAGCCCAAGACUCGGCAGCAGGGAAAAAAAGAAGCCUAAAGGGCAGAAGGAGCCCCUGAACAAGGCCAAGAAACUGAGCAGGACUUCCAAUGAGUUCCAGGACAGCUCAGAGAGUGAGCCUGAGCUGUUUAUUAGUGGUGAUGAGUUAAUGAACCAAAGCCAGAGCAGCAAGAAAGGUUGGAAGAGCAAGCGGAAUUUGCGCACAGCAAACGAGCUUGAGGAAAUAAAGUGUCGCAAAGCUAACGAGAGAGAGGAUCGCAGUCUUGGCAGCCAAGGAUUUGUUUAUGUCAUGGCCAACAAGCAGCCAUUGUGGAAUGAAGCCACCCAGGUUUACCAGCUCGACUUUGGAGGACGGGUAACGCAAGAAUCAGCCAAAAACUUUCAGAUUGAGCUUGAUGGUCGUCAGGUAAUGCAGUUUGGCAGAAUUGAUGGGAAUGCAUACAUCCUGGAUUUUCAGUAUCCAUUCUCAGCUGUACAGGCAUUUGCCGUAGCCUUGGCCAAUGUCACUCAGAGACUUAAAUAGAAAUCUUGUCCAUGAGAACAGAUGGGCUGAAAAAGAGAUUAUUGUUCAUCGCAGUUUGUGAGAAAUGUUACACUCUCUGCUGCCAUAACGUCCGUGCAAUGCCGGUUAGUAGCCGAGAGAUCGGGUCACUCUCAGGCAGAGCGUACACAAGUCGCACACAGGUGGUCCGACAAUAGAUUUAGUGCUUUUAAGUACCCUUUUGCUAACAGAGGUACAAACAGAUUUCUGAAAGAUGGUACACAUCUGAGAGAAAAAAGUGUUUGUGUAUUGAUGGAAUAUUAUUCAACUUACUUAUAUUGUUUUUUCAUGUAUUUCUUUGGUAUAUAAUGGUGUGGUUUAAAUGUAAAGGUAAUUACUAAAAACUGAGAUGGAUGUUAGGUUAUGGGAUUUGUUUUUGUUUUUUCUCUUGAUAACCCACCUCCUUUUAUUUUGUUUUUGAGAUUUAUAUGUGCCAAAUUUACAUUUCCUAUUUAUAAUCCUUGUAAAAUGAUGGAAUUUUAAAUAUUGUUUGUGGUCAGUAACUCAAUGAAAUCUAUCGAAAGGAAAAACAUCAACUUAUGUUUGAAUAUUUUCAUCCCAUGACUCACUUCCAUGAAGUGAAACCAGAGAUAAUAUAUUCCAGUAAAUUUUUCCCAAUUGUGCCACUGUAUAAUGAAUGCAUUUAUAUGGUUUAAGAAUCAAUUCAACAUUUUUCUUCACAAAAUGUCUUAGUUAUAUUGCAUUAUUUGCACACUGUGUUAUUGCAGUAUAUUGGUAUUGUCCUAUUUGAAUGAAUUUUGCUUUUUAAUCUUAACAGAAAUCAAAGUUUUUUAAUUACUUUCAGAUAUAUUGUCAUGUAAGUGACAUGACAAAAAAAGUGCUGUAGUUAGAUGUACUGAAAAUGUACUCAUAUCAUCCAUGACACUUUAGCACGAAAUAUAUAGUAUGCAUUAAGCAUUUAGCCAAAAAUGUCUUAUAUCAAUAUAUAAAUUAACACACUGUAUAUUAUGCAAUGAAUGGAAUCUAAUUGAAACAUGAAAGCUGAUAUGAUAUGUGGUUUUCUGCAUUCCUUUGUUAAAUGGUCAACCCCAAUUACAUAGUUUGAUUUACAUAAAGGGGCAUAUUUUAUUAUAUUCAGUCAUACUGGUUACAUAUUUAUUUUUCGGUAUUGAUAUUUAAUAAAUCUGCAUCAAUAUUUGAUAUUUGUUGCAAUGAAUCAUCAAAUUGAUUUGUCUGUUGUUGCCUAGUUUCUGACGUUUUCCAGUAAUUUCAUCAGUUUUAAGCCAAACAGUGGUUCAGAGUCGGGUAGUGUUGAUAUGGUUGAUGUUUUAAGCACUUCUUGAUUAUUCUUGAUGUUGUAUGCUUUGAUGAUUUGCAGUUGCAGUUAUUUCUAGCCACUUUGUACUGGGUUAUUCGGGCCCAGUUUAAAUUAUGUGGAAUGUGAGGCUUUAACUGUGCUUUAUUGCUUAAUUAUUCUGAUGUACAUUUGCAAAGUGUAAUUCAAGGGUGUCUUGGAAAAGCAUUAGAAUGUCUGUGCCGAGUAGGUUUUAAGUCACUAAAUAAAAUCAAAUUAGUUUGAUGAAA